CAUCUCCAUCUCCUUUCCAACAGAACUUCCAAACCAGAACUUCCGCAGAUAAACAUCAGAAUUCGUCUCUAAUACGACGCCGUCGGCAUGGCCGUAGUUCUUGGCAACGUUUCUCCAUUCAUCGACCUCUCCACUUCCUCUCACCGUGCUGUGAUUCCUGACCGCCGGCUCCGCCUCGUCCCCUCCGACGCCGUCUUGAACCUGUUCAAGAAGGAUCUUCACCAGAACCCGAAUUUCCAUGCGGCGUUUGAGUCAGUAUUCGAUCACAGAGAGAGGUAUGUUAACAAGAGGAAGUCGAAUCAGUCGAAGGUGAACGAAGUGCAGUACGAGAAUUCCAGCGACGACGAGAAUGGGAACGGGAACGGGUUCGACGAUGAGCUCGGAGAAGAUGAUGGGUUCGAUUGGGAGGCGGAGAUGAGGAAGAGAGUGAAGGAGAUUGAGGAAAUGAGGGAGUUGGAGAAGAAAGCCGAAGAAUUGCAGUAUAAAGUUGAUCAAGAGUAUGCUGAUGGUGAUAGUGAUGGUGAGCCGGAUGAGGAGACUGAAGAGCAGAAACGCAUGAGAGUCAAGAAAGAACUGGAAAAGGUCGCAAAGGAGCAAGCUGAACGAAGAAAAACGGCUCAGUUGAUGUUUGAAUUGGGUCAGAAAGCAUAUGGAAGGGGUAUGUAUGGACGUGCCAUUGAGUUUCUUGAAGGUGCCCUCACGAUAAUUCCUAGGCCCACCUUGUUUGGCGGUGAGAUACAAAUAUGGUUGGCUAUGGCUUAUGAGGCUAAUAAUCGCCACGCAGACUGCAUUGCUCUGUAUCAGCAACUGGAAAAGAAGCAUCCUAGCGUCAGUAUUCGGCGCCAGGCUGCAGACCUGCGCUACAUACUGCAAGCACCCAAGCUUAAGAUAACUCAAGAAGAGAUGGUAACCAUCCCACUGAUAGGUUCUAGCUAUGACAGUUAUGCAGCUAGCUGGACUGAUAAAUACAAGGACAGAGAUCAAAGGAUGACCGGCUCCACGACAAAUCAGCUUCCGUCAAACAAAGACUACUUGGGGGACUUUUUGGUUUGGAAACCACCAGUUGGAUUGGAGAAGAACAGUGCGUUCUGGGUGUCGUUAACAUUGUGGAUCGGUCUCGUUGGGGCUGCACUGUUUCUCCAGCGAUAAAGCAUAAAUUUGUACAGUUGUUCUGUUUUAGCUGGUGUUGUUGAUGGGGUAUAGUUUUCGUUUAAGAUUGUUGUAAAAUGUCUCCAUAUAUUAUACACGACUGCUAUUGUAAAACAGUUCCACUCCUGGAAAUUGAUGUUCGAAUUACACUUUUGUUUCUAUUGUUUA